AUGAACAGCGAUAAUGAAGAUAAUGAGUUUGAUAAUGCCUGUGCUCUUUCAGAAAAAUCUUUUCUUGAGAGUAUAAAUGAGGAAGAGAGAGAACGCAAUGAUAUGAUUGAAGCGAUUGCGGCGUCACUUGGAAAGACGCCCGACCAACUGACAGCCAGAGAGAUGCUUACCUUGACGCUCAACCCACCACGAAAACGUGCAUUUUUCGAUAAUUCGGCUGAAUCUAGUAGAAAGAGAUCAUAUAACACAUUACCCAUUCGCUACUGGGAUGGUGUUGUCAAAUUGACACAUGUUUCUGGGUUUGUUGGGACCCAAUUCAUUCGCUUUCAAGACAUUUCAACAUUAAGAAAGGCGUUGGUAACAGCAUUUGUAUGCAGUAUGGAAUGGAUUGAAGAGCAAUUCCCGAGUAGCAUAAAUAUGUGUAUUGUACUCCAUGGACGUCCUGCCAUUCGAAGCCAAAUAGGUCCUAACAGACUUCUCAUUCAGCCACCGAUGCUUGAUGAUACAUAUGGUGUAUUUCAUCCAAAACUCAUGCUCUUGUUCCGUGAUGAAUCUUUACGUGUUGUUAUUGGAUCAGCUAACAUGGAACGUUAUGACUAUGAAGAUAUUGAAAAUGUAGUAUUUAUUCAAGACUUCCCAAAACUAUCCAAGAAAUUAAAAGCUGUAUCCGAACUUCCUACGUUUGCUAAAGAUCUGUGUGACUUCCUUGAUCGUGUACGGGUCCCAGCAUCAGUAAAAGAGGCAUUCCUGGAUUAUGACUUUAGUAAAGCAAAAGCUCAUAUAGUAGCCUCUGUGUCUGGUACAUUUGAAGGAAAUAACUACAAUAAAUAUGGCCAUACUAGAUUAGCCAAAAUCGUAAAAGAUAUUGGAGCAUCUGAUCCGGAUAGAUUACCAAUGGUUGAAAUGCAGACCUCCUCCCUCGGUUCACUUAAUACAUCAUACCUUCACGAACUCUAUGCAUCAUUCUGUGGAUUAGACCAGUUUGUGGAUGGUGUCAGGCCCAGUAAUAGGAACAAGGAGCUGCCACCAAUAAGUAUAGUUUAUCCAAGUCGCAAUACAGUUGAUUCCAGCCGAUUAGGACCAUCCGGAGCUUCCACAAUUUGCUUAAACACUGACACAUGGAACAAAUCGACUUUUCCUAAACAAAUUAUGUGUGAUGCGAUUAGCUAUAGAGAUGGGACACUGAUGCACAGCAAGUACAUCAUUGCUACUUUACCACAUGGGAAACCUGAGCGCACACAAAAAAACAAGGUGGAUGGCUGGAUUUAUUGCGGGAGUCAUAAUGCAACAGUGUCUGCUUGGGGAAAGACAUCAUUCAACAAGAUAUCUAAACGACCAAGGAUAAGAAUGAGUAACUGGGAACUGGGUGUCGUAUUUCCAAUCAACGAGUCUACUGAUAUAGUAGCACCUUAUAUCCGCCCACCACCAAAGUACCGUGCUGGACAAAAUGCCUGGACACAGUCAAUGUGAUUAUCACCACUCUACUCUACUCUAUUCAAUUCGAUUCAAAUGACAUAUAUUGUGUGGUUCUUCUUUAUUUUCUUAAUCUCUUCUUUUUGGGGAGUUUUUUUUUAAUUCAUAUUAUUCAUAUUAUUAUUUUAUAGUGGUAUGAUUAGGUGUAUUUAAAUGAUAUGUGAAAGCUAUAACAAUGACAAUAGUAAUAAGAAAUUGUAGAUAUAAAAGAAAGAGAGAGAGAGAAAAAAAAAGCGAUUGGCUUAAGUAAGUUUUAAGCACAAAUAAUAAAUAAAAUAAAAUAAAAAGU